AGACCGACGACAGCAGACGGACGCACACCCAAAGAGGUCCUGUGAGGAAAGUCAACAGAAGAAUAACACAACAAGCUGAAGAUACAGGCAGGGAAAGUGAACAUGAGUGCGAGUAUGUCUACAGGUUUUCUCACGAGAGACGUCAGUCUUGCCAGAACAGUGCGCUGAAUCCAGCUGCUCCGCCCUUGGUUCCUGAUCUGUGGGAGCAGAACCACUGGAACAAGAGGCGAGUGAAGCUGAACUACAAGAGACAGUGGACCUGGACCUAUACCGGAAGAAGAAGAUGCUCCAUCCCCCGAAAGAGAUGACCAACCAGACCCGGCGCAAGCAUCUGGUGGACAUCUUGAUCCGCAACCUGUGAAUACCUACCCACAUGAGGAACUAGCUAACCCACCUAUGACCUAUGAGGAAGUAGGUAAAUUGGAGGUGGAAGCAGGAAUGAACAAUCUGCAGAUGAACUACAAGGUUCCAUCAUAUCACACUUUGUGGUGCCCCGGGACAGGGAAGGACAUUGAGGUACAAGGCUGAAUGAAGAUACACCAGAAGCACAUAAAGAAAAAAGAUCUAGAGUGCUUUAGUAAACUAUGGAAAUCGUUCUGAUGGAUAUCUGAACCUAGAGUUAAAAGAGGUAUAGGCCUACAGGGGUUCCAAGUCAUGGAAUUACCAGGGACAGGUAAACUAAAGUAAGGGAAUAGUUGUGUGGGACUGACAGGUAUACAUUGGGCCUUUGUUACCAGUGAAUGCUCAACCUGAUGGUGAUCAGGUGACUUACUUUCACCUCAAAGGGGAUUAUGUGUUAUCUCAAUUGUGGUAUUGCAGCAAUGCUUCAAUUACUUAAAGAAUGUACUUUGAGGAAGUGGGAGAAAAGUGCCAGGUGAACCCGUGGAUAGUGAUGUAACGUGCAGUAAUGUCCUGGACAUUUUAAUUUGAUGGGGACAGUGUGGCACCCUGGGUACAGGAUAGUUGGCUAAAGUGGGAAAUGGGUGCGAGUAUGUGGUGUUCUGUUCUGAGCUCAACCAGUUUCGUGUUAGGUUUGUUCGUAAACGCACCAGCCACUCCACUAGGGGGCAGCCGCAGCGCUAUGUUUUGUACCGCCAGAGCUCUGAGAGGCAGAACCAUCGCGAGACUUCUGAGUGAAAGACGUGAAUUGCAAGCUGUUGCCGGAAACGGAAUGUAUUCUGUUUUUUUAUAGGUAAGCUGGUGUAGUUGUGUGCACAAUGAUGCUAUAAGUUAAUAUAAUGUAGUAUUACAUCUAAUAACACGUUAAAGCUAACUCAGACAUGCCAGAGCUCUGAGAGGCAGAACCAUCGCGAGACUUCUGAGUGAAAGACGUGAAUUGCAAGCUGUUGCCGGAAACGGAAUGUAUUCUGUUUUUUUAUAGCAGAUCCCAGACACCAUUUCAAUCAAGGUUGAAGAGGAUAUUGGUGGAUGCACGCCCUCUGUAGAAGACUGCAAUGGCAUUAGCGCUGCACACAGCGCAGCGCCACCUCAGAGUCCAAGAGAGUCUGCAUGUGGACGCCCCUGGCUCCUCCCACAUGUCCGGUCACAAUGGGGAGCUGCGUAUCCUGAGUGUCUACAGAAAAGGGGAGGGCCCACUGGCGCUGGACGGCCAUGACACCCUCUUCGCUGUGUGCAAACUGGAGGCCUUGAGCUCGCCUUCUGCGGACCACAGCGUGGCCAAGAGACUGGAGCGUGGCCACGAGCGGCUCGUCCACCUUGAGGAGCCGAGUGGGCAUCGGGGGGGCCGCAAAGGCCGGCCUUACGUCUUGUUCGGUCACCCACAUGCGUACCCACACAGGCGAGAAGCCGUACUGGUGCGACCAAUGCAUGAAGCGCUUUCAGAACAAAGCCAACCGGAAGACCCACAUGAGGACUCCGGGGAGAAGCCCUACGGGUGCGAGAAAUGCAUGAAGGGCUUCAGCCAGAACUGCAGCCUGAAGGUCCACAUGAGGACUCACUCCGGGGAGAAGCCCUGUGUGUGUCUGCAAUGCAACGGCAGCUUCAGUGACCCGAGCAGUUUGCGUGUGCACAUGCUCAAGCACACGGGCAACGGGGUGCUUGGUCACUGGGCAACGAGACACUUUGAUUGACAACUCUGCCCAGGGUAUUCCCCUGGGCAGAGUGACGUCCUACGUAGUGGUCUUCACGGACGCCUCGUUGACGGGUUGGGGAGGGACGUGCCUCUCACACUCAGUCGGAGGCGCGUGGCGCACGCCCCCCACAGCACACAUUCCUGCCGUCCUAUUUUUUUAACCCAAGAAUUAUAUUCGGGGCUAAUUAAACACAGGGUCUGUGAUUAGGAUGUCUGGGUUCAGGGUCUGCGUUCAGGGCCUAAUCGACCAGGUAAACACGCGUCCUGCCGUCCUCCUCCGAGCUCAAUACAUUAAUGCAUCCAAAAUCUGACCGCAGCUGACCUCAGAUCUGGUGAACUGGGCUUUUAUUUCCUUCACUUCAUACGUUUCGACCAAUCCUGUUGC